CGCUUAGCAUGCGAGAGGUACGGGGAUCGAUACCCCGCAUCUCCAUUUUUAAUAUUUUUUACAAUUAGAUCCAGAGAUUUCUGGGUUCAGAGGGAUUCAGCCCAUGAGGAUCAAAAACCCAUCCCUUCAAUCAAUCGUCGUCUCUUCUAAGCUAAGCUAAACCCUAGGCUGUACACAAAACAAACCUCUGUCUGGUGGUUCCUUUAACGAUGGCGCUUUUGACCUCCUCCCUAUUGCCUUCAUCUCUAAAUAUCAAGGUUAAGCAAUAUGAACACCAGCCUUGCUGUUCUCAGCUCCAUAAUUUUCAUCGACUCUCUCCAAAAUGUCACUUGAAAGUAACAAUGGCGCAGUUUUGGGAACCAAAUAAGAUGAAGGAACAACUCAAUACCAUCAAGGAGAGACUACGGGAGAACAGCCCCGACUCUGUAAAAGCAUUUCCUUGGAAAGAAGCUGAGAAUUUGCUGCUGGACAAACUACUUGUUGCGGGAAACAAGGCAUUGAAGUUGUCUAUUGUUACAGUUUUUGUAUCCAGCUGUCUGUCGGAUUUCAUAUAUGCUAUAUCUAGAAACCAAGAAUUGAUGAUACCCUUUGGUCUAAUUGUGGGAGUGUUGAUGUCUGAUUUCCUAAAACAGACAUCCCAAGAAGCAAUUCGAAGCUCCGAGGGGAAGGAAUUGGAAAUGAAAUGGCAGGUGUUAUGGAUGGGUGGGUUGUUUGUUGUUAUCAAGUUGGUGUGCACAUGGUUUGGAAUAGGAACAAGGGUGUUCCUUUUGCAUGUUGCGAAUGGUGGGUUGAUGCAAGUUCUGUGGCAAUGGAGAAGUUUGCUGGCAGAAAAUGGAUCCAUGGAAGAUGGAUCAACACCUUAAAUCAGCAGAAAGUUGACUUUAUUCGGGGGUGAUGUUGCUUGAUUAUAUCUCUGUAAACUCAUGUCACUCACACAUUAGCAGUUAAUUGAGCAAAGGAAUUAGUAGAUGAAAUCUGUUCACCUUGUUACGGAUUCAAAUAUUCUUAGUAUGCUGUAACGUAAAUGGGUAAGAAAUUGGUUAGCAGUGCCAUCUCAUACGUUUUUAAGCAUAUUUAUGAUAAAUUUUAUCAAACACAUUUCAGCUCUGCCAACGCCAUUUAUUCGUUUAUGUAUUGUUUGAGUCGUAUUUUAUUAAGUUUCAAGUUUCGUA